AAUUCUUACUAUCUGUUUUCUAGAAAAACCCAAACAUUUGACGAUGAUAUCACGGUCUUGAUCAAACUCAAAUUGCAUAAGAAUAAGAUAGAGUUGUGCUCUAUACUUCCUAAGAGAUUCAGUUUUAUAUCACUUAAAACUCAAACUCGAUCAUGGCACCCCUAAAGCUACAUGGAGUUCCAUUUUCAACAUGUACCGCUCGUGUGAUGGCUUGCCUCGAAGAGAAAAACGUCCAGUAUGAGAUCUGUCCGGUUGAUCUUAGUACCGGAGCACACAAACGUCCUGAUUUCAUUUCCAAGAACCCAUUUGGUCAGAUUCCAGUACUCGAAGAUGGAGAUAUCACUCUUUUUGAAUCAAGAGCCAUCUGUAGUUACAUUGCUCACAAAUACAAAGACCAAGGAACAGAUCUACUUCAGCAUGGCAAUCUUCAUGGUUUCGCAAAAGUAAUGGUAGGAUGUGAAGUAGAAUCUCAACAAUUCAACCCUGCAAUGGGGCCUAUUUUCUUUCACACCUUCAUUGCUCCUAUGCGAGGUUGGGCACCAGAUCAAAAGGCCAUCGAUGAGAACGUCGUGAAAGUCGGGGCAGUCCUUGAUGUUUAUGAAAAGAUGCUUACUAGCAGUAAAUAUCUUGCAGGAGAUAGUUACACACUAGCUGAUCUUAAUCACCUUCCUUAUAUUACCUAUAUUAUGAAGACUCCACAUGCUAAUUUGAUCAAUUCUAGGCCUCAUGUUAAGGCGUGGUGGGAAGCUGUUUCAUCUAGGCCAGCUUCACUAAAGGUUACCCAAGGAAUGACAUUGGGUAGCAAGUGAUCAAUCAGGGCGCAUUAAUUGUGGUGUGAUGUACUCAAUUUUAAUAAGCGUAUAGGGAUUGGAAUAUGCAAGUGUGUUAAAGUGGUCGUACCUAAUAAUGAAAUAGUAUUGUUGUCUCAAACCAGUUAAUUAUAAUUUCACUCACUAGUAGAUGGCAUGAUUUUUAUGGUUAAUAAUAUGUGUGGAAAAGAGAAUAA